CGUCAUCCUGUGCGCCGCCUCCGGAGGAAAGCCCGGCGAGCAGCGCGCCGGCCGGAAGGGGCGGGGCGCUUGGCUCGGUUUCCUGGCGACGCAGCCCGGCGUGCCGCCGCUUCCCCCGCCGUCCGCCUCCUCUCCUCCCUGACGCGUGUGCGCGGCCGGCAUGCCGUGGCUUCUCUCAGCGACUAAGCUGGUUCCCGCUGUAGCGAGCGCCCGCGGCCUCUCAGGAUGCACAUCGUGGUCUCGGAGAAGGUACACUCUCCAGCCCAUUCCAGACAGGCGGGUUCCAAACCGAUACUUGGGCCAGCCCAGCCCCUUCACACACCCGCACCUCCUCAGACCAGGGGAGGUGACUCCAGGACUGACCCAGGUGGAAUAUGCACUUCGCAGACACAAAUUAAUGUCUCUGAUCCACAAGGAAGCACACGGGCAGAGUGGGACAGAACAGACAGUGGUUCUGCUAUCCAACCCUACGUACUACAUGAGCAAUGACAUCCCCUACACUUUCCACCAAGACAACAACUUCCUGUAUCUGUGUGGAUUCCAGGAGCCCGACAGCGUUCUGGUCCUCCAGAGUCUCCCUGGCCAGCAGCUCCCCGCGCACAAGGCCAUGCUCUUCGUGCCUCGGAGAGACCCCAGUCGGGAACUUUGGGACGGCCCUCGGUCGGGCGCUGAUGGAGCCUUAGCUCUAACCGGUGUGGAUGAAACCUAUACGCUGGACGAAUUUCGACAUCUGGUUUCGAAACUGAAAGCCGAGACAAAUACCCUUUGGUAUGACUGGAUGAGGCCCGCUCAUGCACAGCUUCACUCGGACUAUAUGCAGCAUCUGACUGAGGUCAAAACCAAGAGCAAGAACAAGGUUCGGGCUGUCCAGCAGCUGGUACAGCGCCUACGGCUGAUCAAAUCUCCUGCUGAAAUUGAACGAAUGCAGAUUGCUGGAAAGCUGACGUCACAGGCUUUCAUAGAGACCAUGUUUGCCAGCAAAGCGCCUGUGAAUGAGAGCUUUCUUUAUGCUAAGUUUGAAUUUGAAUGCCGAGCCCGGGGAGCAGAAAUCUUAGCCUACCCACCCGUGGUUGCUGGCGGUAAUCGGUCCAACACGUUGCACUAUGUGAAGAACAAUCAGCUCAUCAAGGAUGGGGAAAUGGUGCUGCUGGAUGGAGGUUGUGAAUCUUCUUGCUAUGUGAGUGACAUCACCCGUACCUGGCCUGUCAAUGGCAGGUUUACGGCACCUCAAGCAGAGCUCUACGAAGCUGUCCUAGAGAUCCAGAGAGAUUGUCUGACCCUCUGCUCCCCCGGAACAAGCCUGGAAAACAUCUACAGCAUAAUGCUGACCCUGACAGGGCAGAAGCUCAAAGAGCUGGGGUUCCUGAAUAACAUGAAGGAAAAUAACCCCUUGAGGGCUGCUCGAAAAUACUGCCCGCAUCACGUGGGCCACUACCUGGGGAUGGACGUCCAUGACACUCCGGACAUGCCCCGCUCCCUCCCUCUGCAGCCCGGCAUGGUGAUCACAGUGGAGCCAGGCAUCUAUAUCCCAGAGGAUGACAGGGAUGCCCCAGAGAAGUUCCGUGGUCUUGGUGUGCGGAUCGAGGAUGACGUAGUGGUGACGCAGGACUCACCGCUCGUCCUUUCCGCAGAUUGUCCCAAAGAGAUCAGCGACAUCGAGCAGAUCUGCAGCAGAGCCUCUUGACCCUCAUUGCAGCCCACAUGCGCCUCAAGUUCAAGGGUGUGCACGGGCACCUGUGCACCUGCGCUUUCUGAGUGCUGUCUGUGGGGGUGCAUUUAUGUGUGUGUUUCACUUGGGAGUGUGGGGCCUGUGUGAAUGUAUGUGAUUGAGUGUGUGGUCUUUUCUUUGUUUUAAGUAACUAGAAACCUAGAAAAUUGAAUUUUUGGACUGUAUGUUACUGCAACUUUAGUUACAUUAUUUUAUAGAAUUAAUGGCCCAGGCGAGUUUAACUUUUAAACAGAAAGGUAGAUCUUGGUUACAUAUGUUCAUGCAUUCCAGUUAACACAUAUAAAUGUACAGAACUCUCUCCUUUCCGGGUCUUUUCCUUGCAGUGCUUUUGCUCAGAUCCAGUUAAUAUCAUAAGAUACCUGUGUGAUGCUCAUAUUACACUAAAAACCAGUGAUUGUGUGAGGCAGCCCUUGUAAGCCUUCCAUGCUGGUUCCGACCUAUUCCAGAGCCUGCACGACUACGGAGCCUCGUGGGCACUGGGGCCCCGCAGUCCCGCCCUUCAGCAACAGUGUAUCAGACAAAACAGCUCUGAGCCUUUCUUGCUACUUGGUUGCCUAGGGCCUGGAAAGUAUUGAGAUUCUUGAUAAGGAAGGGCAUGGAAGAGAAAGAAAAGUAUAUGUGCAUCUGCUACAGAUCCAGCCCUCCAUCCAUCUGUUCUCAGUCUAAAGACAAUCCUGUCCUCCACACCCACGCUUCCUGUGGAGACUCUUAGUGCACUGCUCCUCACAGCACAUCCUUGAAGCUGCUGCCCUGGCCGAGGGCAGGUCCCCUACUUCUCCAGUUAAAAUGGCCACCCAGUUUGCAGAGAGCUCCCCUUGUUAUCGGCCUGAGAUUUCUUCUAGUGCUAACAAAAACGAAACACGCCUGUGCCACUGAGUGCCUAGAAACAGCCAAGGUCCUUUUCUUUCUCUGAUGUGAGCACUGGAAGUGUCCUAUGUCUCUCAGCCCUGCAUUGGACACGAUUGUGCAGGGACUCGUUGUACAAGUUUGCAAAGCGAACGGCUAGAUGAUUAUUUGGGACCUUCUGUCAAAAAGGGGAGCUUUUAAGAACUAGUCUGUCCCCCUCUUAAAGUUGGGUAUGAGCCCAAGACGUAUAAAACAUGCUGAUUGUUGAAGUAUAAAUUUGAGGUUUUUAAGAAAAUGUUUGUAUUAGCAAAGCACAGGCUCAGGGAUUACCACUCCCUGCGGUGAUCCACGCUUGCCUGUCUUAUGCCACAGUGCAGAGCUCAAAGCAGGCAGACAGAGGCUUCAUCCGGAGACAAAGAUAAUAUAAACCGAAGUGAUGGAGACCGUGUCCUGACAGCAUCAUCCUCAGUGCUUGCUUUGCUCACCGUGUCUCAGCAGCUGUGGGAAGGGAUGGCUGCACAGCUGGAGUCGUCAUCCGUGCCUGCCCUCCUGCCAGCCUCAGUCCUGUGAUCCUUUCCCAAAGAAGCAGACUUACAGUGGAUCCGCAGCGUGGCCUCUGUGGCCCUCACGGCCCUUGGGUUGGUUUGGUUUUUUUUGUUCAUUCACCAUCUGGAAAGAAGGUCUUUCUUUUUCUUCUUUAAGUCCUUUCCUGUGGUCUUCACCGUUUUAGCUAACCACUGAGGCAGCUGUUACGUGCAGCGGUGUACUUGGACAUGAAACAGUCCUUCCAGUUAGAUUCCAGGGAAACUGCAGGUGUUGUGAGUAGUUAGAACGGCUGUUGUGGAGUCCCUGAUCCAAGAGUAUUGUCCUUUGAGUCCCAGUUUAACCACCGCAGCUAGACAUUUGAUUCAGGGUAUCGGAACCAUCACGCGAUGACAUAGUGAACAUCUGAGAGCAGUGUCUUACGGGCUGUCAGACAGACCCAGGAUCUGUGCGCAGAUAACCGUGCACAGUACAGGGACUUCACCCAUUCUUCGCCACACCACAGACACACCCCACAUUUCCCUUCAUGAAGCACAAUAAAUACCUAAUAUAUAUACCAGGCUCUCUCCUACAAUGAAAACCUUAAUUUUAAAAAAUCUUUCAAAUGCUCUGCUG